AUGGUACUUUACCAUCCUGUUGAAGGACCCAUAAAAGCAGCCACCCGAGUGCAUUCUGCUACAAGACAUGAAUCAGGAUGCUUCUCUACCUUCUCCUGGUUGCCCUGGGAACAGUGGAUGAUCAAACACGCCAAAGUCUAUGAGCAAAAGGUUGAGUUGAAAUUCAGGAGGGCAUUAUGGGAGUGGAACUUGGAGAGGAUUUGGAAACACAACAAGGAGGCAGCUCUCGGGAAACACAACUUCACCCUGGGACUGAACCACCUGGCAGAUAUGACGGCGGACGAAGUGAACUACGCUCUGAACAGACUGAGGCCCGAGAAGCCGGACCCGGUCAGAAACGUCACUUGGAAAAAUGUGUCUGAUUGGAACAUCCCUCAAAGUGUGGACUGGAGGCAGCACGGGCUCGUCAGCUCUGUGCAGAAUCAAGGGCUGUGUGGCUCGUGCUGGGCCUUCAGUGCUCUGGGCGCUCUGGAGGGGCAGAUGAGCAGACACACUGGGCUCCUGGUGCAGCUCAGUCCCCAGAACCUGGUGGACUGCAGCGUGACGGACGGGAACCACGGCUGUAAAGGAGGAUACGUCUCCAAAGCCUACACUUACAUCAUCCGGAACCAGGGCGUGGACUCGGAGCACUCCUACCCGUACGAACAUCAGAACGGGAUCUGCCGCUACUCGGUGCAAGGGAAGGCGGCUCACUGCUCAGACUUCCGCAUGCUUCCCAGUGGAGACGAGAGGAUGUUGGCGUCUGUCGUGGCCAAUGUGGGGCCUGUGGCUGUGGCUGUAAAUGCAGGAUUGCUAUCGUUUCAUCUGUACAAAGGAGGUAUUUACAGUGACCCCAAAUGCAACCCUAAUUCAAUAAAUCAUGCCGUUCUUAUUGUGGGCUACGGCACAGACAAGGGGCAGGACUACUGGCUGGUCAAAAACAGUUGGGGAUCGUCGUGGGGAGAGAGCGGCUACAUCCGGAUCGCCCGUAACGCCAAAAACACAUGUGGAAUUGCGAGUCUUCCUCUUUAUCCAACCAUUUAA